ACCCAAGGACAAAACAAAUUAGCCACCACGCAAAAACAACUCAAUUUACCCGUUCUAAAAUUGAAACAAGAUGUCCCAACUCGCUGGAACUCGACUUACGACAUGCUUCAGCGAAUAAUACAGGUGAAGGAUGCUGUGAUUACUACGAUUGCUCUAUUACGUCCCGAUUUAAAUAUAAAGCAAGAAGACUGGGAGGUCAUAGAGGAAGUUUUACCUUUGCUUAAGCCAUUUUAUGAAGUAACAAUUGAAAUAAGUGCCGAAAAAAAUGUAACCUUAUCUAAAGUAAUAGUAUUUAACAAUUUAAUUCAAGAUUUCUUGAGGAAAUAUUUUUCCCAGAAUCAAAAAAUUAUUUCAGUGCAAUCAGCCUUGAAGAAAGGUAUGGAGACUCGAUUUAAAGAGUUGGAAAAUAAUAUUUUAUAUGCUGAGAGUACAAUUUUGGAUCCUAGAUUCAAAGCAAGAUCAUUGAAAAAUCAAGACUAUCGUGAGCGCGCAAUCGAAGGUCUUAAAAAUAAAGUCGGUAAAACACCAUUGCAGUCGUUGCAAUAUAAUAAUCGAGAAAAUUCUUCUAACACCACAACUGCUCUUGUGCCGGUAUCAUCAGUAGAUGAAAAUGGAAAUAAAAAAGAUUGUGUGAGCAUAUGGGAUGAAUAUGAUAGUGAAAUAAGUAGAAUAACAAGACCUGAAAACAAAACUGUGGCUAGUAUUCGUGAAAUUGAUAAGUAUCUGAAUGAGGAGUACUUGGAUCGUAAGAUGGAUCCUCUGCAAUGGUGGCACGAAAGACGUCAUACAUAUCCUCACUUAUAUGCAUAUAUUUUAAAAAGAUUUUGUAUCGUCGCAACAUCUGUGCCUUGUGAACGAGUUUUCUCAGGGGCAGGACAAAUUAUUACUCAACGACGCAAAUUAUUGAAACCGAAUAAAGUUUCGACACUCUUAUUUUUACAUAGUAAUAUGUAG